AUGGUUGAUUGUCUUUCAUGGCAUAGUUGCUAUGGAAGUAUACGUUCAUCAAAAUUUUAUCCAAAAGAAAAACGUUUUCUAUCAAAAAAACAUUCUGAUCAACAAUAUUGUAUACAAAAACAAGUUCAGAACAAUAUCAAUAAUAAAAGUAAUUUUAGUUGUGUUAAUAAUGAUACACAUUCAUUAAAAAAACAACGUAAUAUUAAUAAUAAUAAUAAUAUAUCACCAUCACCAAUAGAUGAACAAAAUAAUUCACUUGAAUUUUAUAUAUUUGAUAUAAGUCGUGAACGUAAUCUUCAUUUAAAUACUUGUUUAAAUGAUAAACGUUUAUUAAUUUUUUCAAAUAUUUCAAAUGGAUUAUAUAAAAUAGGUCUUCGAAAUGGAGAUGUUUUAAUAUUUCUUAAUGAACAUAAUAUUCUUAAACCACCAAUAGCAUUAACAAUUGAUCGUGUUAAAUCAGAAUUUAUUACUUUACGUCGAAAAAAUAAAUUAAUUCAAAUUGGCAUAUGUCGUAGUUUAGAUCAAUCUUUAUAUAAUAAUAUAACAAUAAAACAUUUAGGUAUAUUAAAAUUUCAUGAAUUUGAAAAUUUAUCACAAAAUGAAGAAUUAAUUGAAAAUAAAAAAUUAUCAUCAACUACUGAUUCAAAUAGACUUUCAAAUUUAUUUUCAAUUAAAAAAAAAUCAAUGUCAAUUGAACAACAACGAAAUUCUAAUACUUAUAGAGAUAGUGGUUUUGUUGAAACAGAUAUUGAUCAUAGUUUUACAUCAAAUUCUAAUAAACAUCGAAGUUUAGCAUCACCAGAAUUAAGUGAAGAAGAUGAUUCAAUGGCUACACAAAAAUCAUUUGAUUUAUCGGAACAAUCUAUGAAAAAAAAAACAAAGACAUCAGAAGAUCAAGUUAAUAUUCAAUCAGAAAAAUCGCCGACUGGAAUUUCUUCACAUCAGUUAUUGAAUAAAUAUCGUCAAUGUCAACGUAACAAUUUACCGACACAAAUUUUAACUGAUGCAUGUUUUAUAUAUCGUCGUCAAAUAAUAAAAAAACCAACAUCAAAUGCUAUGAUUAUUCGUGGUCGUGAAAUAGCUUAUCAAGCAGCAAAUUCUCCAACAAUACCAUCUUCAAUGCCAAAUUAUACAGAUGAUCAAAUUCGAGAACUUUAUGGUGAAUUAGAUAAAAAAACACGUCGUUUACAAGAAAAUGAAUAUAUUUUUCAUACACCAAUGAUAGAUGCAUGGAAUGAAAAAUCUCCAUGGACAAUAACUUCAUCUAUUAAAAAUCAAUUAACCGAACAAUGUCCUUUACCUAAAUUUCAUAUUGAUAAAAAUGAACAUACAAUUCUUAUGAAUACAUAUUUAUCAACAGGUUUAAGUAAUCCAAGAAUAAUACAAAAUACAUCUAUUGAUACAAUCAAUGAUAAAGAAAUAAUUCAUGGUAGUUUUCGUACAUCAAUUGGUGAUCGUACAACAAUUAGUCCAUCACCACUUUUACUUAAUGUUAAUUUUGAUUAUAAGACAUUAAAAACAAUAUCAACAAAUUUAGAUAAUCAAUCAACUUUUUUAGAAAAUAUUCAACAAAAAACAUCAAUCAAUUCAAUUGAAAAACCAUGUGAAACAAUUGAUUCAGCUUUAUCAUCAUUUGAUUUACAUAAGAAUAUAGAUCAUCAUUCUUCACCAAAACAUCUUAAUGAAAAAUUAAUAAAAUCAAAAAAUAAUAUAAAAUCAACAGUAAAAACUUCUGAAACGAUGGAUAUGGAUAGUUUAAUUGAUCUUGAUGAUGAAACAACAAUAUCUUAUAAUACAGCUGAUGAAUUUCAUAUGGAAAUUGAUCCUGAUUCAUUAGUUACACAUAAUGAUUUAUUAAAUAUUAUUAAAAUAUCAGAAAAUAAUAAUUAUUAUAAUUCAUCUAUAUCAACUAAUCAAAUAAAUCAACAAAAUAUAUUAACAAAUAAUUUUUCUGAACUAAUAGAUACAUUCAAUCAUACAGAUAAUCAAUUAUUAUCAAUAAAACAUCAAGAAAAUUUAUUACAAUAUGAACCAACAUUAACAUAUAAUAUUGAUCAUUUAAUAAUAAAAGAUGAUGAUAUAGAUAAACAUUCAUCUAUGGAAAAUCUUAUUAAUAUAGUUUAUGAUAUGAAUAAAAAACAAUCAAAUAUUGAUCAUUCAUCUAUUAUUUCAAAUGAUAUAACAAUACAAACUGAAAAAGAACUAAAAAUUAAUGAACAAGAUUCAAAUGAUUAUUCUUUCAAAGUUUUAACAGAUAAUCAAAAUGAAUCGAUAAAAGUUAGUAAUUCAAAUCCUAUAGUCUAUCAAACUUUAUCAACUCCAUCUGAAAAAUUAACUUAUGAAUCAUUUAAUGAAAUUAAUAAUUUAGACAGUAUCACUCAUGAAGUUGAAUCAUUAAUUGAACCUGAACAAAAUGUAAAUGUAAUAAAAUCAGAUCUUUCAUCAAUUAAUAAUUUAUCUCAAAUAUUUAAUAAUUCUUUUUUAAAAAAUCAAAAUGAUCAUCAUCAUCAUCAUAAAUCAUUAUUUAAUGAAGAAAAUGAUAAAUAUUGUCAAAAAAUCAGUGAUAUUGAUGAAGAUUUUGAAGAAUUAUAUCAACGAUAUGUAACUAAUAUUGAUCAAUAUCAAACAAUGUUACAAUCAAUUGAUAAAUUCGAACAAAAUCAACAUAUAUUAACACCUAUAAGUGAAGAAUCAACAACAUUAGGUGAACGUACUAUUGAAGAUAAAAUUAUAAAAGCUAAUAAUAAUGAACAAUAUUGUUUAAUAUUAACUAUACAACGUCAAUCAAAUCAUAUAGGACAUUAUGGAUUUGAAUUAGCACAAACAAUAGAUGGUAAUAUAAUAAUAUCUUCAAUUAUUGAUUCAAAUUAUUGUCCAAAUUUAUGUGUUGGUGAUGAAAUUAUUUCUAUAAAUAAUAUUUCAACAUUAAUAACACUUGAACAAUGUUAUUUAUUAUUUCAUUCAUUAUGGUAUAAUCAAUGUGAAUAUGUACAAAUAAUUGUUAAUAAACCAACUUAUAUUUCAAUAAUACCAAGUAAAUAA